AUGAAGAGGCACAGAUGGGGUACCACCAGAAACAAAAAGGGAAAGCCUCAGAGGGAAAAUGUCAGCAGGUCCAAGACCUUGAAACGAAUCCUAAAGCCUCAAGAUGUAAUCAGAUCAUUCUCCACUAGAGGAUCCCAACCCAACUCGAAUUCCAACUCAAAGAACAAUUCUCGUUCAAACUCCAUAAUCAGAGGCCCCAAUACGAACAGCACUGUGAUAAAUGCCUACAACUACUCAGAUGAUGAUUCUGAUAUUGGGGAGGAUGAUGAGGAGCCGGUGGAUCCUAGAGAUAGAAGGUCUGAAAAAAGAUCGGUGGCCUUGAACCAACCGCUUCCUGACCAAUUCAUCGACCCUCAAACCCAGGAGCCCAUCACACUGUAUCCUAGAAACAAGAUCAGAACUACGAAAUACACUCCCUUGUCAUUUUUACCCAAGAAUAUUUCCAAUCAGUUUCUACGAAAUGUUGCAAACAUUUAUUUCCUUGUAUUGAUUGUCUUGGGCUACUUUGAGAUUUUUGGCGUUCCAAACCCAGAGUUGUCUAUGGUGCCAUUGAUUGUAAUUGUUAUUUUGACUGCAAUCAAGGAUGCCAUUGAAGACUCUAGGAGAACUGCUUCGGACUUGGAGGUCAAUAACCAAACUACUCACAUUUUGGAAGAUUUGGGCACCAAUCCUGAUUUUGUUUAUGAAAACAAAAAUGUGGGUGACGAGAAGAUCUCCCUUUGGAGAAGGUUCAAGAAAUUCAACUCGAGAUUGAUGUUGAGAAUGAUCGGUGCAACCAAAAGAAAUAUGACGAAGGAAGGAAGAGCCAAAAAAAUAAGAGAUAAGGCUAACAGAGAGUUGGGAGAAAACCACACUACCAACCGUAAGAGUUUUGAUAGCGAUGUUUUAUCACCUCGUAAUUCUAUGGCAGCCAACGAAAACCCCUUUCGCAAGUCUUUUCAAAGCAGAGCGUCUAUGUCCAGGAGGACGAAGAAUCUUAAGUUCGCUAAGAGUUACUGGAAAACUGUCAAAGUUGGUGAUGUGCUAAGAAUUUACAACAAUGAGGAAAUCCCUGCUGACUUGAUCAUCUUAUCUACCAGUGAAGCAGAUAAUGGUUGUUAUGUCGAAACGAAAAAUCUCGAUGGUGAAACAAAUUUAAAGGUUAAACAAUCCUUGAAAUAUGGUAAUGAUCAUAAAAUCACCAAAGCCGAUGAUAUCAUGAAUAGAAGAUUCCAAAUCAGCAGUGAAGGUCCUCAUCCAAACUUGUAUUCUUACCAAGGAAGUAUCAAAUACUACGAUGAAAGUAUUAAUGAGGAGAAUGAAGACUCUAUCAACAUCAACAAUCUCUUGUUGAGAGGUUGUACUUUAAGAAACACGAAGUGGGUGAUUGGGAUAGUUGUUUUCACAGGGGAUGACACAAAAAUCAUGAUCAAUGCUGGUGUAACACCUACCAAACAAUCGAAGAUAUCUAGAGAAUUAAACUACUAUGUUUUCAUCAAUUUUAUUUUAUUAUUUUUAAUAUGUUUGGCUUCAGGUUUGGUCAAUGGUAUUUAUUACCGAAAGAGUGAGACCUCAAGGGACUUUUUUGAGUUCGGUACCAUCGGUGGUACUCCGUGGAAAAAUGGUAUUAUCAGUUUUGUUGUUGCUGUGAUCUUGUAUCAAUCAUUGAUUCCAAUUUCCUUGUACAUUACUAUUGAAAUCAUCAAAUCAGCGCAGGCUUUUUUCAUCUACUCUGAUGCCAACAUGUAUUAUGAGAGAUUGGAUUUCCCAUGUACCCCUAAGUCCUGGUCUAUUUCCGAUGAUUUAGGUCAAGUGGAGUAUGUUUUCAGUGAUAAGACUGGUACUUUAACACAGAACUUAAUGGAAUUCAAGAAGUGUACCAUUAACGGUAUUUCUUAUGGUAGAGCUUAUACAGAAGCAUUGGCUGGUAUGAGAAAACGUCAAGGAUUCAACGUCGAAGAAGAAGCUCUUGUUGAGAGAGAAAGAAUAGAGAAAGACCGUAUUGAAAUGCUAGAUGGUUUAAUGUCAAUCUAUAAAGACAACGAAUAUGUGGAUGAAUUAAGCUUUGUAUCUUCAGAAUUUGUUAAAGACUUGGAAGGGGCCAAUGGUGCUUUCCAAAAGAAGUCAAAUGAACAUUUUAUGUUAGCAUUAGCUUUGUGUCAUUCUGUUUUGAUUGAAAAAGACGAAGACACAGGUAAAUUAGUAUUGAAGGCUCAAUCUCCAGAUGAAGCUGCUCUUGUUGGAACGGCUAGAAGUUUGGGUUUUGCAUUUGUGGGAAAUACAAAGCAAGGUGUCCUUAUCGAUACUCAAGGUGUAACCAAGGAAUAUCAAAUUUUGAACGUUUUGGAAUUCAAUUCUACAAGAAAGAGAAUGAGUGCUUUGGUUAAAGUACCUGGAAACACUGAAGACGACGAGCCGAAGGUUUUGUUAAUUUGCAAAGGUGCCGAUUCCAUUAUCUAUGGAAGAUUAUCUAAGACUCAUAACGUUAAGACUCUUUUGGACAAAACUUCAGCGGAUCUCGAACAAUUUGCAACUGAAGGUUUGCGUACUUUAUGUAUUGCACAACGAGAAUUCAGCUGGACCCAAUACCUUGAAUGGAAUAAGCGCCACAAAGAAGCGUCUGCUUCUCUUGAUAAUAGAGAAGAGAAGAUGGAAAUGGUUGCCGAUUCUAUCGAAAGAGAGUUGAUCUUAUUAGGUGGUACAGCUAUUGAAGAUAGAUUACAGGAUGGUGUUCCAGACUCUAUUGCUCUUUUGGCCCAAGCAGGUAUAAAGUUGUGGGUCUUAACUGGUGAUAAGGUUGAAACGGCUAUCAACAUCGGGUUUUCAUGUAACUUGUUGGGUAAUGACAUGGAGUUAUUGAUUUUUAAGAACGAUUUGAGUGAUGAAGAUAAAGCUAAGUAUGGUAUAAGAGGUGGCUCUAAUACCCAAGUGAUAGAUCAAUUGGUCAGCAGCUACUUGGAAAUAUUUUUCCGAAUGUCUGGUUCUUUAGAAGAAUUAGAGGCUGCCACUGGUGAUCACUCUCCUCCUAGCGAAGGUUUCGGAGUAGUCAUUGAUGGUGAUGCUUUGAAAAUCGUUUUGAAUGAUGACGAAAUCAAGAGGAAAUUCUUAUUAUUGUGUAAGCAGUGUAAAGCUGUUUUAUGUUGUAGAGUUUCCCCUAGUCAAAAAGCAGGAGUUGUUAAGCUUGUUAAGAACACCUUGGAUGUUAUGACUUUAGCAAUUGGUGAUGGUUCUAAUGAUGUUGCCAUGAUUCAAGCUGCUGAUAUCGGUGUCGGUAUCGCUGGUGAAGAGGGCAGACAAGCCGUUAUGUCGUCAGAUUAUGCCAUUGGUCAGUUCCGGUUCUUGGCUCGGUUGUUAUUAACCCACGGAAGAUGGUCUUAUAAGAGACUUGGUGAAAUGAUUCCUAAUUUCUUCUAUAAGAAUGUCAUUUUCUCGUUUGCCUUAUUCUGGUUCGGGGUUUUCUCUGAUUUUGAUGGAACUUAUUUGUUUGAAUUCACUUAUUUGAUGUUCUAUAACUUGGCGUUUACAUCUUUACCAGUUAUUUUUAUGGGAGUUUUUGAUCAGGACGUAAGUGCCAAAGUAUCGAUGCUUGUGCCUGAAUUGUACAGAAGUGGUAUUUUGAGAUUAGAUUUCAACCAAAGCAAGGUCUGGAGUUACAUGAUUGAUGGGUUGUACCAAUCAGUGAUUUCAUUCAUGUUCCCAUACUUGGUUUAUUACAAGGGUUUCGUCGAUAUGGCUGGUUUAGCUCUGAACCACAGAUUCUGGAUGGGAAUAAUCGUUACCUGUAUCGCAUGUGUUUCAUGUAACUUCUACAUUCUUUUACACCAGUAUAGAUGGGAUUGGUUAUCUUUAUUAAUCGUUUUCCUUUCUAUUGCACUGGUCUAUUUCUGGACUGGUGUGUGGACGUCAGCUUUAUCCAGUGGAGAGUUUUAUUUAGCUGCAGCACAAAUGUUCGGAAGUUUGACAUUUUGGGCGUGCUCAGUAGUCGGUAUCAUGGUAUCGAUUCUCCCAAGAUUCACCUACGAUUUCACGCAAAGAAUCUUCUGGCCCAAAGAUGUUGAUAUUGUUAGAGAAUGUUGGCUCAGGGGAGAUUUCGACGCGUACCCUGAAGAUUACGAUCCAACUGAUCCCAAUAAAGUCAAGGUUAGUGAAUACAGUAGUGAAAAGAUCAAGAACUUGGGUAACUCUGGUAGUACCUCAACUACGCCAAACGGUAGUUCUUUGGACUCUAAGAACCAAAGUGAUUUGGAAAGACAGUAUCACAUGAACUCAUCUAGCACCAUUCAAGUUGACCAAGUGCCAAUUCAAAGUGGUCAAUCCAUGCCAUUGCCACAAAGACAGGAAAGAAAGCUGAUCAUCGACAUGUUCAAGCGCAAGUCGAACGUAAGGUCUACUUACUACGAUAAUAGCUCGUUCAUUGACAGCUAUAAAGAACCUCAGGAUUCGUUGAAGACAGAAGAAAUAGCCUUGGACGAAUUCGACAAAAACAUCAGAAGAGCUUCCAGAAUCUCCUCUGAUAACAAAAGAUACUCAAUUGAUAGAAGGUAUCCCUCGGAAGGCCGAAGCAACGUCAGAACCUCUUUGGAGUUCCCGGAGCUCACCACAUCCGAAUCCUUAACUCAGGAGAGAUGAACAAUCAAAAACAAUUAAUGACAAAAGAACAUACUUUUGUCAAUUGCAUUUUUCUAGCACAAUUACACAAUUUAUAUGACAUAAUUGCCAAUAUAUGGACAUUAUAUUUAGGAUAUUCUCGGGUGGUAGUAUUUUUCUAGAUCUCAUCAUCGAGGCUGCAAUGGACGGAAAGUCUCGGACUAAUGACAAUCCCGGACUUUCAACACGAAAUUUGAUUUCAGCGUUAGUUAGCCAACGAUUCAAGAAUACCUGUUUAUAUAGGAAGGCCCCUACUCCUACUUUGUACAAACACAUAUAUAUAUGUAGAGGACUACCCUUGAGUGUGUGGUAAAAAAACCAAUCGGAAAAUAGCCCAGCCGUGUUUGUGUAAGGUUUCGCUUUUCUUUUGUACUCCAGAUCAAAAUAGAAAUCCGAAUUUUGCUGCUAAGGCACAAGACUGCCUGAAAGACUAAUUCGACACAGACCUGCCCAAUGGGUGGCUGCAAUUAACAGCUUUUUACAGUAGAAGAGGAGUUGGUUCUCCAAUUAAUUUGAAAUCCAAAUUCCCCAGUAACAACUACCAAAUCUAGUUAAUGUGAUCCACUGGUAACUUAGAGCCGUGUCAGUACCAUU